GUGGUAACAUUACCCAUCAAGGGCAGCAGCAGCACACUAGUCUCACUGUGUCCGAUUUAUCUCACUUAAUAACCAAACCUUGAACUUCCCUUAACGGUAAAAACGACCAAAUGUCCUACACCCAACCUCUCAUUUCCCUCUCUUCACAACCACUCAAUUCCCUCCAAACCCACCGCCCACCCGCCACCACCACCUCGUUUCCACAACCCACUCCCCAAAAAAGCUUCAACGCCACAUGGCUGGAGUCCCUCCGCUCCAAAACCCGCUCCAACCAGUUCCAUGAAGCCAUUUUCACCUACAUUGAAAUGACCCGUUCGGGUACCCAACCCGAUAACUUUGCUUUCCCUGCAGUCCUGAAGGCCGUGUCGGGUCUCCAGGACUUGAAUUUGGGGAAACAGAUCCAUGCCCAUGUUUUCAAAUAUGGGUACGGGUCAUCUUCAGUGACCGUAGCCAAUACUCUUGUGAAUAUGUAUGGUAAAUGUGGUAGUGAUUUGUGGGAAGUGUAUAAGGUGUUUGAUCAAAUUACUGAGAGAGACCAAGUGUCUUGGAAUACAAUGAUUAAUGCAUUGUGUCGUUUUGAGGAAUGGGAGCUAGCGUUAGAAGCGUUUAGGUUGAUGUUGUGUGAUGAUGUGGAGCCUAGUUCGUUUACUUUGGUGAGCAUGGCGCUUGCAUGUUCGAAUUUGCGGAAGCGCGAGGGUUUGAGGCUUGGGAAGGAAGUACAUGGGUAUAGUUUAAGAGUAGGUGAUUGGAAAACGUUUACCAUUAACGCUUUGAUGGCAAUGUAUGCAAAGUUAGGUAGAGUCGAUGAUGCAAAAUUUUUGUUUGAGUCGUUUGGAGAUCGUGAUUUGGUUUCCUGGAAUACGAUUAUUAGUUCAUUGUCUCAAAAUGAUAGGUUUGUGGAGGCAUUAUGGUUCUUGAGUGGUAUGGUACUUGAAGGGAUUAAACCUGAUGGGGUCACGAUUGCAAGUGUGCUCCCUGCUUGCUCACACUUGGGGAUGUUAGAUGCUGGAAAGGAAAUUCAUGGUUAUGCAUUGAGAAAUGAUGUUUUAAGGGGUAACUCUUUUGUUGGUAGUGCUUUAGUUGAUAUGUAUUGUAAUUGUAGAGAGGUUGAGAGUGGUCGUCGAGUUUUUCAUGGUAUUUUGGAUAGGAAAAUUGCGCUUUGGAAUGCUAUGAUCACUGGUUAUGCGCAAAACGAGUGUGAUGAGGAGGCAUUGAUGCUAUUCAUUGAGAUGGAAGAGAAUGCUGGGCUUUGUGCAAACGCCACCACAAUGGCAAGUGUUGUGCCUGCUUGUGUGCGUAGCGAAGCAUUUCCACGCAAAGAAGGAAUCCAUGGAUAUGUAAUAAAGCGGAGUUUAGAGAGAAACAGGUAUGUGCAAAACGCACUUAUGGACAUGUACUCUAGAAUGGGGAGGAUAGACAUUUCAGAAACCAUUUUUGACAGCAUGGAGGCUAGAGAUAGAGUUUCUUGGAACACAAUGAUAACUGGUUACACUAUUUGUGGACGUUAUAGUGAUGCACUUCUUUUGUUGUGUGAGAUGCAAAGAAUAGAAGAAAAAAUGGGCAGGAAUGAUGAGGACAGUAAGGAUGGGACAUCAGUUUCUUUGAAACCAAAUUCAAUAACCCUCAUGACAGUUCUACCUGGUUGUGCUGCCCUGUCAGCUUUAGCAAAAGGGAAAGAGAUCCAUGCUUAUGCCACAAGAAAUAUGUUGGUAACCGAUGUUGCCGUGGGAAGUGCAUUAGUUGACAUGUACUCCAAAUGUGGCUAUUUGAACUUAUCUAGAAGAGUUUUUGACCUGAUGCCCAUUAGAAAUGUGAUAACCUGGAAUGUUAUUAUCAUGGCUUACGGGAUGCAUGGUAAAGGAGAGGAAGCCUUAGAAUUGUUUAAAAAAUUGGUGGCAGAAGGUGCUAGGGGUGGGGAUGUAAAGCCUAAUGAAGUUACUUUCAUUGCAGUAUUUGCAACAUGUAGUCAUGCGGGGAUGGUAGAUGAAGGGAUAAACUUAUUCUACAGAAUGAAAGAUGACCAUGGGAUUAAACCUACACCAGAUCACUAUGCUUGCGUUGUUGACUUGCUUGGUCGGGCAGGUAAAGUGGAGGAAGCAUAUCAACUCAUAAACACAAUGCCCGCAGAAUUUGACAAAGUUGGUGCCUGGAGUAGCAUGCUUGGUGCUUGUCGGAUUCACCAGAAUGUAGAAAUUGGGGAAAUUGCAGCUCAUAAUCUUUUGCGCUUGGAACCUGAUGUGGCAAGCCACUAUGUUCUGCUCUCCAACAUCUACUCAUCUGCUGGACUCUGGGACAAGGCAACGGAUGUCCGGAAGAAGAUGAGGGAAAUGGGUGUCAGAAAAGAGCCAGGUUGCAGUUGGAUUGAGUUUGGAGAUGAGAUUCACAAGUUUGUAGCUGGGGAUGGAUCACAUGAACAAAGUGAGCUGCUCCGUGGAUUCCUCGAAACCCUCUCCGAAAGAAUGAGAAAGGAGGGUUAUGUGCCUGAUACUUCUUGCGUUCUUCACAAUGUUGAUGAGGAAGAGAAAGAAACUUUACUCUGUGGACACAGUGAGAAAUUGGCCAUAGCGUUUGGUAUCCUCAAUACCCCUCCUGGAACUACCAUCAGAGUUGCCAAGAACCUCAGAGUUUGCAAUGAUUGCCAUCUUGCUAGUAAAUUUAUCUCAAAGAUCGAGGGUAGGGAAAUCAUCUUGAGAGAUGUGAAGAGGUUCCAUCAUUUUAGAAAUGGAACUUGUUCAUGUGGAGAUUACUGGUGAAAAGGCUGAUUGGUUAUUCUUGCAAGAAAAGAUUCCUUGUAACUCCUAUGGUAUGUACAAUUGUAUUAAUUUUUUUUUUCUUUUGAUUUCCAACAUUUAUACUAUGCUAGUGAUGCCUGAUUUAUCAAAGAAUAUACAAGAAUUUAUUAGAUGAUCA